AGGAUCACGUGCUCCAACCCUGGGUACGUACGUCGUAGUUUCUUUUCCCUUCUCUUUCUGCCGAGAUCGAUUCGUAAUAAACAAGAACGAGGGGGCCAUUGUCGCUCCCCUGCCCUGGUGGCCAAUAUCACUGUUACAACGAGCACCUAAGAGAGAAGUUCCACCCCACUUCAGUUGGCAUCAAAGGGUACCUAAAUCUCAUGUAAAUUAUUUAUUUACUUGUUCCACUGGUGAGCUUGCUGUUUGUUGUCGAUUUCUUCUGCCACAUCUGCUGGAUCAAGUGCACGGUGUCUUUACUGAUGCCUGGAUCUAACAUCAGAAGAGCACAGCUGAUGGAUUGAGUGGCCUGUCAGCCAGGCAGCAUCACAGACCUGUCUCUAUGGCCAAUCCAUAACUCAGCGAACCACCAAACUGCAAAGCCCACAGAAAACCAGUCUUCUAGUCCACCCAGCUUAUUGGCUGCAGCCAUGGCUAGCAAGCGGAAAUCAACCAUUCCUUGCAUGAUCCCGGUGAAGACCAUGUAUAUGAGGGAUGACACUGAGCACGACCUGCCUUGCACAACGACUAAGGACAGUGCCUAUGCAUCCCGGGAGGACUUGUACGGUCAGGGCUACCUUGACGCUGGCGAGCCUUCCAGGCAUGACUCGGGUGAAGCCCUGAAAGACGGGGGCACCUACACCUGUAGGCCGUGUAACUUCGAAACCCUGGACCUGAACCUGUUCCUGGAUCACGUCUACAGCGGCCACCCGGAGUUCCGGUCGGACCCGAGCUUCCACUGUGUGGACUGCGGGGUGACGGCGGCCAAGUUCGAGGGUCUGGCCCUUCACAACGCCCGCGUGCACCCGAGCACGGUCACCACCACGCUACAGCUGAGGAAGCGGGACCGGAAGGUCACUGUAGAGCAGAGCCUUAUCCUGGGCCCCGGCGAUAGCCUCCUCUCCAAGUCUCAAGACUCGGAGAUAUCCAUCACCAAGACGCCCAUCAUGAAGAUGCUGAAGGGAAAAUCGGAGCACAAGAGGAUCGUGGUUUCGCACUCCGCCGCAGACGACUCGAGGCUGGAGGCUGGAGUGUCCGUCGCCACCGGCAAGCCGGCCGAGAAGAAAGACCCCCCUUCUGUUACUGUUACACACGUGCCCACUAUCGUCCACAAUGGUUCGACAAGCAAAGUGACAUUACCAUCCGCCAUACAGAUCGUCAACGGCUCCGGAGCACUUCCCAUUCUCAAGACGGCGGUCACGCAGGUGGUGUCGGUGGUCCAGAACCGGAACCUCCACCAGCACUCCACGCCCAUCACCAUGUCCUCCUCGCCCUCCUCCUCCUCCAGCCACAGCUCCAAGAACCUGCCCAAGGUCAUGAUCCCUCUCAGCAGCAUUCCCACGUACAACGCCGCCAUGGACAACAGCAGUUUCCUCAAGACCUCCUUCAGCAAGUUCCCCUACCCGACGAAAGCGGAGCUCUGCUACCUGACCGUCGUCACCAAGUACCCCGAGGAGCAGAUCAAAAUCUGGUUCACGGCUCAGAGGCUGAAGCAAGGCAUCAGCUGGUCACCAGAGGAGAUCGAGGAGGCCCGGCGGAAGAUGUUCAACACCAUCAUUCAGACGGCGCCUCCGUCUGGUCAUCACCAUCACACGACGGUGGGCCGACAGACCCAUCACGGCGCGGCCCAGCAGACCAUCACGGUCUUGCCCGCCUCCCUGGGUGCCACCGGCAUCCCGCACAUCCUCCAGGGCAGCCUGGUGAGCCAGGGAGGGGUGAUCGUCACGCAGCCCAUGAUGGCCAACGGCAUCCAGGUCAGCAGCGCCCCCGUAGCCCUGGCGGUCACCCCCAAGCCCCAGAGUGCCGCCAAGCCCAUGAUGCAGGCCAGGCCUGCCGCCGCCCUGGUGGCCGAUAAAGGAGUCAGCAUGGUGGUGGGCACAGUGGGGAGCAGCAGCAGUCUCAACUACACCAUCUGCAGCAGCAGCAGCAGCAAUGGAGGCGUAAGCAGCAGCUGCUCCAGCAACGCCAGCAGCUCCAGCAGCAUCAUAAGUAGCAGCAGCAGCAGCAGUCGGUCAAACAGCAGUAACAGUGGGAGUAGCGGUCAGACUAGUGUGAUUAGCACUGGUGGAGGCACCAUCAUCACCACCACCAUCAGCAACAACAACAACAGCAGCAAUGGCAAAACUAGCACCAGCAGCAGUAACAACAUUAACAGCAACACAACUAAAACCAAUAACGGCAACAAAAGCACUGAAAACGGCAAAAGCGCAGUCAACGGCAAAGGCACUGCACCCAGUGCCGCGAAUACUAAAACCAACCAGGAUGUCAAGAGUGGCAGCAACGGUAAGGACAGCAGCAGCACUGUGAAAAGUACUAAUGAUGGCAAAGCCUCUCCUGACAUAAAGACGAGCACUGACCGCAAAAUCAGUACUGACGCCAAGAGUGACAGUAAGACAGACAGCAAGAGCAAUGGCACCAGCCUCACCACCACCACCACCACCACCACCACACCAGUGCCACGACUGCAAACACGGCAGCACCCGCAACCGUCACCACCACCAGUGGCCAGCAGCAGCAGCAGCAAGAAAGGAGAGACCGCAACAGCAGCUGCAGCGUCAUCACCAUCCACCAGCACAACCCCGAACUCCCGCACCCUCCCCAACGCCAGUUUCCUGGAUGCCAACUCCAAGCAAAACAAGAAGUCCCAGGAGCAGCUCUCGGCCCUGAAGCAGAGCUUCCUCAACAACCAGUUCCCCAACCAGGACGAGGUGAACCGCCUGACCAGUCUGACGGGCCUGUCUGUGCGCGAGGUUCGCAAGUGGUUCAGUGACCGCCGCUACCACUUCCGAAACCUCAAAGGGCCGCGCACAAGCACGGGGGGUCAAGCUUCGGGCACCGACAAAACCACUUCGCCUGGUCCCGCGUCAGGCGCCAGCGUUGGUUCGUCGGACACGCCGGUGGUGUCAUCCGCAGACAGACCCAAAACGCCCCCGCCGACCCCGACGAGCCCUCCUCAGCAGCAGCAGCAGACCACAUCUCCCACCACGCCGUCGCGCCGGCCGCCUCGGCCCCCGUCUCCCGAUUUCACGGCCAUCCGGUAUAAAGAGCGCGAGCCCCACCAGCUGGUCGCCCUGGAGGCCAGUUUCUUGCUGGACCCCGAGCCCUCGUCCGAGGAGGUGGACCGGCUGAGGCAGGAGACCAAGAUGACGCGCCGCGAGAUCCACGGGUGGUUCGCCGAGCGACGGAAACGGGCUGCUGCGGAGAAGAAAAAAGAGGAGGCGGAGAAGGCCGAGAAGGAGAAGGCCGAGAAGGAGGAGGCCGAGAAGGAGGAGGCCGAGAAGGAGGAGGCCGAGGCCUGCAGGGAGGAAGGGGGGGAGAAGAGCGAGCCUGUGAAGGAGGAAGUCAAGGAGGAGAAGAUGAACAUCGACGAGCAUUCGGGUGGAGAUGCGUCGUCGUCGUCGUCAUCGUCGUCACAACAAGGUAAAGACGAGAAGCAGAAAGACGACGCUCCUAAAGUCAACCCCAUCAAGAUUAACCUGAAAAUGCUUAAAGUGACCGAAUCCAACGGGAAAGAGGGUGAGUGCAACCAGCCGGUCCAGGCUGACCAUCCGAAAACGGCCUCUCCGGCGCCUGCCCCUACGUCGCCCAUCCCCAUCCCCUCGACCCCGUACCGCGGCAAGAAAACGGCAGACCAGCUCCACGUGCUGAAGCAGGCGUUCGCCCGCACGCAGUGGCCGGGCAGUCCCCAGUACGACGAGCUGAUGGCCCGGACGGGCCUGCCGAGACCCGAGGUGGUGCGUUGGUUCGGCGACUGCCGCUAUGUGCUCAAGAACGGGCAGCUGAAGUGGCUGGAAAGCUACCAGACCAUGGUGGAGGAGGAGGACUACCAGAAGGCCAACCUGGACAUGCUGAAGGAGCACCUGGAGAUCCACGGGACGCUGGACGAGACCCAGGUGAAGGAGCUGGCCAAGGGCAGCGGCCUGACAGAGGACCUCGUCCACCGGUGGUUCACCAACAGAGCUCCAUUGCUGCUGGCGGCCAAGAAGGCGGAGGAGGUGGAGGAGGGCGGCGCUGGGACUGCGACAGCAGGGGAGGUGGAGAAGGAGAAGGAGUCCAAGGUGGAUGGAGCUCCAGCAGCAGUGGCCCAGCAGGACCAAGGGAGCGAGGAGAAGACGGAGCAGUCGACACCUGCCAGCACCGCCUCCUCCACCUCCUCCACCCACGAGACUGAGAAGACAAUGGCGGCAGACGUGAAGUCUACAAAUCCAAAUCAAGGAGUGGCCUGAGGAGGCGGCGCAAGAGGCCUUGUGUGAGUGACGGAGUACAAGAGAAAACGUGUGCGUGUGCGUGUGCGUGUGUGUGUGUGUGUGUGUGUGUGUGUGUGUGAGGGGAGAGAAAGUGAGAUCGCCCCGAGGGAUGUACAGUAUUGGUGGCCUUUACCGGGAGAGUGAGUGACUGACUGUGUGUGUGUGUGUGUGUGUGUGUGUGUGUGUCAUGACAGCAGAUGUGAUUGUAAUGGGAUCGCUGGACAGACUCAGACCCACCCCGGCCCACACCUUCACCCCCAGUCAACACCAGCCUCCAUGUCCAUCUGAAUCUAGGGAGGGGGUCUCCUCUCCGAUCCUGCAGUGGAGGAAGGAGGAGACGAAGAGGGGGCUGAGGCUUUGCGUCUGGGAUAGAGAGAGCAAGAGGGAAAGAAAGACAAAGAGCAAAAUAAAACACGGAGGAAAAAAGAGGAGAGGAGCGUUGUUUGGACUGUACAGAUGUGGACCAGAGAGGUUUACCUGUUGUGUUAAAGGAGUGUCUGUUUCUUGGAGACAUAGUUAUGGGGUACGUAAUGUCAACUGCACAGCUCUUAAUGAGCUUUUCUGUUUUGUGUUUUUUUUUUUUUAAACCAUGACUGACAAAAGGGCCGCCAUGGACACAUGUAUCCAUAUUUCGUACGGUUUUAGCACUGGACUAUGGCACAUCCUUGAUGGUUGCAUUUUUCUUGGGUUUUUCUUUUCAUAAGAAAAAUAAAACAUCUGUAAUAAUAAUAAUAAUAAAAAAAAAAAUAAAAAACAUCACAGCUGUAAAAGUGUCAAAGCCAGCUUAUCGGUUCAUAAAAAAAAUACUUAGGCUUGUAUAAUUUUUACAGAUAUUAUUUGCAGAAUAAAAAGGUUAAUGUGAAA